UAAUUUUCCACAAAAAAAAAAUAAGUUUACAUUGACACAGAAAUUAUUUUCGAGUUCUUAAAGACUGUACACAUAAUUAAUAAUUAUUAUUUAUUGUACCAAAUUUUUUUUCUCUUCGGGAAAAAUGAUUUUUAAACUGUUGUUUUUAUUACUUAACACCGGAAUAUUGGUACAGUCCGAUUCAAUUAAAGCCGGCGUUAAACCAUACAAUGAAUCCGCUAAUAUGUUUUACGGAUGGGAUUUAAAAAUUUCUAAAGGGAGAAAUAGUGGUACAUGUCAUGGUACAUUCAUCGCACCACAAGCAUACAUCACUGAUCCUGUUUGUCUUGAAAAUAUCAAUCAUGUGGAUGAAAGUACUAGAAUUGUUAUCAGCAAAAGAUACCACAGUCAUAAUAUUAGAAAAGAUAUACGUGUCAAUGUCACAAAAAUAUCCUUCGGUGAAGACCUAGAUGGAGUUUUCCUUACUUUUAAACGUAAAAUAGCAGUAGUUUUAACUGAUGCACCAGUUGGACACAAACAAGAUAAAAAUGGAUACGUAAAAAUAAAUCCAAAUCUUGAUGAUAUUGAUACAAAAAAGUGUUACGUACCACAUUAUAAUGGUUGGGAUACGACACUAUUUACGUACUGUGAUGAUGUAUUAUUCGAUAAUCGUUUUGGAAAUCCUGUUAAUAUUUAUUGUGUCAGUUCCAAAAAUGUUGAAAAACUCGGAAGUGGUUUGUUUUGUGCCUUGAAAACAAAUCCGGAUGUCGAUGUUUUAGUUGGAAUUGUAGUUGGACCCAACUAUGACUUUAAACUCUGGAAUGACCCGAAUAAGUUCGUGUCAACUGUUGAAAAUAUUAGUGGAUUAAAUGGUACUGCACUGAUGAAUCUUGUAAUUUGAAUUAACAAGGAAAUCGCGGAAAUUCAAAACCUCAUUUUUUUAAAAAAUUCAAAUAAUUCAAAAUAAUUACCUAAAAUAUCGAUGAAAUGAAAGUUAUUCAAAAUUGGUAAUUAAAUAAAUAAUCAAUUCAAAAAUAA